GAUUAGCUGACCAGUUUCGUGCGAUGAAUCGUACGAGGACCGCAAUAUGUGCGUAGCUGUAUGUGCACGACCGUUUUACCGGGGAUCCAAAGAUGAACGUUCCACUAUAUGGAAUUAUCGGAGUUGCGGCUGCUCUACUCAUAUAUCUGGUUGGAAUUGGAUUGAUCGUGAAACUGUUCAUUUGUCUGUUAGCCUUAACUUUAGGAACAAUCACUUGUGUAUAUAGAAUGUAUGGUGCAAACCUCGACAAUGUUGUUAAUUCUGAAAGGGAAGACUUAAACAAGAAGACUGAAAAGUUACGGCAGUAUAUCCUAGAUCUGUCCAAGCAGAAGAUGACCUUUACUUUAGAUAGAAGAAUCACUGGUAGCCGUAUUAUUGACGAGUCCCUGCAAGAAAUAUUAGAUUUCGUUAUCAGAGAUUACGUGGAACCAUGGUACAACGUUAUUACGGACGACGAAGAGUUCAUAUAUUCCGUUCGCGAUACGGCCCAAAAAAUCGCUAUAAAUAUCGCGAACCGGGUAAAAGGGGUGGACUGGAUUCCGUAUUUGACUACUCGCUUGGUGGACGACGCAGCCUCCCACGUGAGGUUGUACCGGCAAGCGAGGGCGAGAAUAAAGCAGCUACGAUCGAAGAAAUUGCAGAAAGGUAGCUCCAGUUCGAGCACCUCCGGCGGCACUCCGAAAAAGACGCCCACGCACAGGCGAAACAAGAGCGAAACGGAUGUGUCCUGGUACUCCCAGUCGAAGUUCUUCGUCCCUAAUCUCUCCUCGUUGACCGAGCCUAUCGACAGUAACGAUGAGAGGGAGGAGGAAUCGUUGGAGAAGAUAUUCUUCGAUCUGGAGGUGCAAAUGGAGAACAAUCUGAUCUGCAGGGAUGUGGUGUGCACCAACACCACCCAGGAGCUCGAAUUCCUCGGGGAGAUAUCCGAGAUUUUGUUGUAUCUCGUGUUACCAAAGGGGGACUUCGACUGUCUGACUGUGAGAUUUAUUUUAAGGGAGUUGUUAGUGAACGUGAUCAUUAGGCCGUUGUUGGAUCUGUUCUCUGACCCUGAUUAUAUUAAUCAGGCGUGUAUAUGGCUGUGCGCUAAGGACGGUGGUUUACCCAGCGACGUGUUUUUAACGGUGAUCCGAGUGACGGAUAGCCUAGACGAGUUGACGGCGACGAAAAAUAUAGUUUGUAAAGAGAUAGCUCAUCUUCGUUCCAAGGAUUCCGGUAGGGAAGACGAUCUGUCGGUGAAACAACAAUUAAACAGUUUGCUAUACGUGAAGAAGAUCUUAGAGACCAGGAUCAUCGGUAUGCAAGAGGGUCUGGAGUCGGAGGCCGACGGGAUCGGUGCUCAGCCCGAAUGGAACCGGUUGCUCAUUCCCGGCCAGAAGCUAGUGAACCUGCCCCUGGACGAAUUAUUAAAAAAUAACAUAGCGCUCAGUUAUUUCAUCGAUUACAUGACUUCCAUAAACGCGGAAUCGUACUUGUACUUUUAUCUGAAUAUCUACGGUUGGAGAGUGUCUGCGGAGCAGCAGAUAUCGGACAUAGAACUGCAGAAAUUGCACGCGGCUCAGGCAGCUCCGAUAAUCGGUACCAAGCGCAAGAACCCCGACCUGGAGAACUUGAAAGAGGCAGCCGCGAAGAUCUAUCAGCAAUACCUCAGCGACAAGGCGUCCCUGAAAUUACAAUUAGACGACGCUUUAGUGAAGACUCUGUUGACGAGGAUAAAAACGGAACACGUGAAGGAAACGUGGUUCGACGACCUUCGUGCCUGCUGCUACGAGAAACUGCAGAGCGAAGAUCGUUUCCUCCCAGGUUUCAAGAGAUCCAUGGCUUACGUGAGACUCCUCGCCGAGUUAGAUCUGUUGAAAGAUCCAACGUCCGAGGAGGACACUAAAUCCUUGGACAGUAUCAGUCUGUCGAGUACCAACAACGAAUUGGAAACUCUGGACGAGAUGUCCGAGAUUUAUAAAGCCGACGAGACAAGGCCUGCUGAGUUAAAGGGUAGCAAAUUGAAAUCUAGUUCGUCUACGAGUCUGGCCAGCAUCGCGGAGCCUAACGAGAGCAAAUCGGCCGACGAAGCCGACUCGGAAGUUAAUACAAGGACGUUAAAAGGAUUGAGGAAAGCUGCGAGCAUCGACGCGGACAAUAUCAGCGAGGGGAAAGACGUUUCGUUUUAUUUAGAGUCGAACGCGGAUCAGUUUGUAAAGUUGGACGAGAACACGUACGAUCAGAACGCGAUAAAGAAGCUGCAGCAAGGGAAGUUCGAGAUCACCGCCAAGAUCAUCGAGACCGGGAUAGUAAACGAUCGCGGGAAGACUUACGGAAUUUACGCGGUCGCCGUGACUAAGAAUUACGACACGGGCUAUCAGGAGAAGUGGCACAUUUACAGGAGGUACUCGGAUUUCUACAACCUCUAUCAGAAGAUCAAGGAGAAGUAUUAUGAUCUCGCGAAAAUUCCGUUCCCAGCGAAGAAAGCGUUUCACAAUAUGGAGAGAACGGUGUUGGAGAGGAGAAUGGUCAUGCUGAACGGCUGGUUGUAUCAAUUGACUAGGCCGACCGUCGUCGACGGACACAUGGGCUUGCAGAAUUUGUUACUCAGUUUUUUGGAACAAGGAGACUACGACAAAGGCGUCACCGGAGGGCAGAUAUCGAAAACGAUAGACACUCUGAUGAACCCGUUGAAAACGUCCAUGAAAACGGUUACCCAAGCCGUGAAGACCAUGCCAGACAAUAUGCUGAACACGGUCGACGGCGUGAUGGACAACAUAAGCAAAUUCUUCGGUAAUCCUAAGAAGCCCAACGCUUUUUACGAGAACACCAAAGUCGGCGCUGGUAUAGACGUCGAGACCGACGAUAACAUUCCUCUGCGGAUUAUGUUACUUCUGAUGGACGAGAUAUUCGAUCUGAAAGUGAGGAACCAGUGGCUCAGGCGGAGAAUCGUCACGUUAUUGAGGCAGAUCAUUCGGAUGAUGUUCGGGGACAUAGUCAAUCGAAGGAUAGUCGAAUACGUUUCACUGUUGACGAGUCCGGCCAGGGUAGCUGGCUACUUGAAACUGUUCAAGAACAGUUUCUGGCCGAACGGAGUGAAAGCGGAGAAGAAACCGCCGAGGGACGCGGAGAUGAAGAACAGAACGAGGGUAGCAGCCAAGGUCGCUCUUCUAUCCUGCCUUUCCGACGAGCUGAAACAUAUCAUAGGUAGUGAAACAACUAGAAGAGGUCUUUUGAGGGUGUUCGAACUGUUCCAGCGGCCCGUGCUUAACAGGAGGCUUUUAUACGUGCUCCUCGAGGGGAUCAUAGAGACCUUGUUCCCUCAGAACAACUUGAUAGACGUUUUUCGGAAGCUGUACUCGACCUCGCCGAGGGUGCAGCAUAGAUACAUGCAGAAAUCUUAAGAUUCGACAAGUUCUAUUCUGUGUUCUUCGACCGUACUCAGCACCAAAGACCUAAACCAGUGGCGAGAACGAUUUUUGACGGUCUCAAAGUUAGGAAUUAUUUAUAUAAUUUAGACAGAUUCUAAAAUACUUAGGACGCGAUCGAAGAUGGAAGGUAACCGAAUCACGUUGCAAUAAAUAACACGGGGAAAAGGGAACAAAUCGAAAGUUCGUCGUACGAAAGCGCGAGGCUCUACAGAAUUCGCAAUCUCGAUUUCUAUUCAAUAUUAUUGUAUAUUCGAAUUACAGUAAGCGCAGUAAUCCAGUGGCCAAAUAUAAUUCUAAUAAACGAUUUACACGAAGCAAUUCGAGCACUUUUAAUCGGGUUUAAUAAUCGCCGAUUUAUAUAUAAAUAUAUAUAUAUAUAUAUACGUAUGUAUAUGUUUAAAAGUAGGUCGCGCAAACGUUUCACGGAUCACUCUUCGACUUUACCUCGUAGAGGCGUUGCCUAUAUUUAAGCAUUCCAGUUUGCAUUUCAACUGAUGUACUUCACGAACGAGCGAACACUUUUUACACGUGUAUUAAAACUAUAGAUGACCAAUUCUACUGUCUAGCAAUUAUGCAAAUGCGGGGGUCUGUAUACAUACUUAAUUCGCCAAAAGGAACGCAAGAUUUUCAAUGUGUCGUGCCAUUUCACACGCGUAUUACACUUACGUAGCGAACAGUAUAUUUAUUUAGUUGAAAAAUCGUUUGGGGAUUCUCUUCGAAAAGAGUGCAGCUAUAGGUUUCUGUUAUUAAUUAAUUUAUCUAAUUCCUCUGUCGUUGGUUAACGGCGGUGUAAAAUCGUUGUAAAUGUCGUACAAUUGUACAUAUUACAUUAAUGUUAUUUCUAUCGUGUUGGAGCGCCAUAUCUGUCAUCGUUUACUUAUUAUUAAAGAAAUUGUUUAUAAAA